AUUGCACACACUUUAGUACCUCCCGCCAAUACAAGUGUUUGUUGCAUGCCAUUAGGUGGUGCCAGGAGCCCAUGACACAGGAUAGCAUAGACCCUGCCCUCCAGGAGCUCAUACUGAGGGGAAGAGGGGUGGGGCACAAACAAGCAAAAAGCAACCUCUGUCUAGUAAGAUUAUUGCUCUAGUGAAGCAAAAUAUAAAGUGCAAUGGGAAUACCAAAGGCUCACCACAGUCUCAUUGAAUUGUGUGGAUUUUGGUUGUUUGCUAUUCAUGGAAGGUGUACACGUCCCCACAUCACUCAACUUGUGCAUCAGAGUUGGAGCUUUCCAGGUGCCUCUCUUUAAGAUUGGCUUUAAUCAACCCAUCAAGAUCUCGGAGUUGAAGAACCACAGCCUCCUCCGGGCCCUGACAACAGAAGCUAAUGGAUGGGCGCCAGGUGUUGUGAGCCCCGAGGUGCUCAGAGCCCAGGAAGAAUGGGAAGCCGUGCAGAACAUCCAGCCAGAGACAGGAAGCCAGACAGACCAUCCUACACAGCUAAUCUCCUUCAGUGAGGCCCUGCAGCAUUUCCAGACCAUCGACCUCUCCUCCUUCAAGAAAAGAAUCCAGCCAACAAUUCGAAGGACUGGGCUUGCCGCCCUCCGGCACUGCCUCUUCGGGCCUCCAAAGCUCCACCGGGGCCUCCGUGAAGAAAGGGACUUGGUCCUGACCAUUGCUCAGUGUGGCCUGGAUAGCCGAGACCCAACACAUGGCCGAGUCCUCAAGACCAUCUAUAAGAAGCUGACCGGCUCCAAGUUUGACUGUGCCCUCCACGGCGAUCACUGGGAAGAUCUGGGCUUUCAGGGAGCAAAUCCAGCCACAGACCUUAGAGGAGCGGGCUUCCUUGCCCUCCUGCAUCUGCUCUACCUGGUGAUGGACUCAAAGACCUUGCUGAUGGCCCAGGAGAUUUUCCGCCUGUCUCAUCACCAUAUCCAGCUCAAAGGAACACUUUUCAGAUCCGAAAGAACUACUGAAGGAACGGAGACAUUGAGGUCUGAUUCCAGUGAAAACUGCUUUUUACAAUUCCCCUUCUGUUUGAUGUCUGUGAAUAUCACCCGCAUCGCAAUCCAGGCCUUAAGAGAGGAGUGUCUCUCCAGGGAGUGUAAUCGGCAGCAGAAGGUGAUCCCAGUGGUGAACAGCUUCUAUGCUGCCACUUUCCUCCACCUCGCUCAUGUCUGGAAGACGCAGCAGAAGACCAUCGCAGACUCGGGCUUUGUCCUCAAAGGACCCGGGCUGGGGGUACUCCCUAGAGCUGCUGGGCCCUGGACUGUGCAUCCAAAGCCCCCUCGAGCCUUUUGUUCGCAAUGCUCUCCGUUCCAGACUUGGAAGUGUUGGCCAAGAAGAGCCCACGGCGGCUGCUCAAGACCCUGGAGAUCUACUUGGCUGGAGUGUCAAAGGGACAGACCUCCUUGCUGGGAGCACAGAAGUGCCGUGGGGCACCAGCCCCUCACUCCAAGGACCUCACUUUCACAGGCGUGUGUGACCUGCCACCACACUCAUCCGAAGGCACGUGGCCGGUCUGACCACCGAGGCAAACCAUAUCCGGAACGCCUGGCUGGACCACGCCCCCUCCCAUCUCAGCAGAAGGGACGUGGAAGCUCCCAGGCCUGGUCGGGGAAGCCAAGGACCCUCCUCCUAUUGAGACACAGGGGCAGUCAGACUUGACGCACUCCGUACAGAUCUGCGUCCUUUGCUGUCAUCUGAGUUGGGUUCCAGGUCAUCUCGGUGAGAGUGAAUGGACUGUAAGGUGGGAGAGCCCCACCAGGAUGUUCCACACACCCCCAGGUAGGGCUUUCAGACCCCUGGUGGCCAUAGGACAGGGACCAGACAGGGACAUAGAGUGUCUAGUUACACUAUGAAGGGAGGUGGCAGUGGCAGCAGCCAACAGGGGGCAGCAUGAACAAGAGCAAGACGCCUGAGGCCACAGCUGGGCCCGCCCUCCUCGCCUCUAUCCACCAGGCCAGUAGAAGAACCCCUCUGGGGCUUCUGGCCUCCCAUUUGUCCCAUCUCUCCUCCCCGCUGUUUAUGGGACAGAGCAGGGCCUCUGGCCCAGUCUCCACUGCUGCCCAUCCUAACUGCCUGCCAGCCGGGCUUCCCGUGGGGGUUGUGUGGUGCCCAUCACAGAUGGUUUUCUAGCCUGGUUGGGGGAAGGAGGAAAUCAGAAGUUAUUGAAUAAAAGAAUUGUUCUGGG